UUCCUGCCGCAAGAAAGGUGGUCGGUUGAGUUUGAAAAUUUCUCCCUCUUUUUUAGUAUUUCGCAAGACACCAACGGAGUAACACGAUCGUUUAUCAAGUGACUAAUCGAGACAUAAACGAGAAAAAUAACACAAAGCACACGAACAUAGAACAAAAAAAAAAAAAAACUAAAUUGGUUUGACAUUCAAGGUAUUUUUGUGGAGUGGGAUUUAUUGUUUUCGAGAGAAAGAAAUAAACAACACCUUGAUGAAGUGGAAUUGGGGAAAAUCGGAUAAAACCCAUGACGACGCGGACACUUCGGAUAAUACAAUGAGCAAGGCCUUGGUGAAGCAAGAUCCUCGCACAAAGGUCAAGACAACUUCCGCUCAAUCGGAAACCACCAAUACCACCACACAAAAUGCCACCAUAUUCAAUAACAAUGCCAAGACGGUCACAUUUCAGACCACCAAACAAACGGUAACGUCCCGCCAAACGGCACGAGUAACCGAAAUAACAACCCGACGCACACCCACCCCCCAAGAGCUGGAAGAAAUGAUGCGGCUGUUGGCAAUGAAUAAAAAAGCUGAGACCAAAACUUUCACCACAACUUCAACAACAUCAGGUGGUGUUCCCCUACGACGUAACCGUCCAAGUAAUCUGCCAGCCCUGCCCUCAUCGUCUUCCACCUCACGCAACUCCAUCAACAGUCUAAACAAUAAAAGUACACCGAAAUUCAAGAACAGCGCUGCUGCCUCACCGGUUUCACGUCUUAUCUUUAGCUAUGAGUCACAUCAGGGUGGUGAUGGCCCCAAAACACCAACAACUCCAACAUUGGUGAAAACACAAACAACAACAGUGACAGAGAAAAAUGGUCGCACCAUAACCCAAAGGGUUGAGGAGCAUCGCAUUAAAUUGGACCCCAAGUCGUUUAAGCUUUCCACACCCAACUCACCGCUGAGCCGGAAUUACAUGGGAGAGGAUAGUUUUGUUGCCCGAGAUGCCCAACUUUUUAAGUUGCCCGCCCUGCCGGCACCGUCGACGACAUCUACAUUUAGCAGUUCCUUUAAUAAACCCCUCACCACAAGUAGUACAAGCAGCUAUACCUCGCCGUAUAGUAACAAGCAGUGGUCCGCCACGGCGGGAUUGGGCAAGCCAUCAACAACUACAUUGUCCAAUUUGAAAUUCAGUAGCAGCAGUAAGCCAAGUUCCACAACAACCUCACUGACCUUUACAACAACCACCAAACCGAUCUCAUCCUACAGUAGCAGAGUUACAAGCAAACCAGGCAGCAGCAUUGGCAGUAGUAGUCUUUCUAGCUCCAGCAGUAGUAAACCAGGUUCCCUGUUCAGUUCAUGGAGUACACCAACCGCCAUAACAACAAAAGCAGAUGCCAAGCCUUUUCCAAAGGCAACAGCCACCACAACUUCCUCCUCUUUUCCAUGGACUAACAACAGUAAGACUGCCACAACAACCAGCACUUUUAGCCCAACCUUAAACCCAAAACCUGUGACUUCAACUGCAAUGGCGCCCAAUGUAAAAACACCAAAAGAAACUGGUCCUCGCCUAAAACCCGGCUAUGCCUACAUCUUCAAUAAUGUCAUCUUCGACAAUCCCAAUAACGAGGAACGCAUUGGCAGCGCCGAAGAUGUCAAGGCCUUGGUUCAAACAUUCGAAUUGUAUAAAAUGAAGGUGACGGUUAUCGAGAACGCCAAAGUCGAUAAAAUUAAAAAGACUGUUGAAAAAAUUCAAACCAAAGACUUCAGCGAAUAUGCCUGCCUUGUUAUUGUCAUACUGAGUCAUGGUAAUCGCCACGAAGAAAUCGCCGCCAAAGAUGGCCAUUAUUCCAUAGAUGAUCAUGUCCUUUUUCCGAUAUUGCGAAACGCAACGCUGAAUGAUAAACCCAAAAUGUUUUUCAUACAAGCCUGUAAGGGUUCCAUGCAGAGUAUGGGAUACUAUACGGAUGCCACAAUGUUCUCACCGCCCGGCAGUGCCAAUGAAAUUCUGAAAUGUUACAGUACAUUUGAGGGAUUUGUUUCGUAUCGCACUGAGAAGGGCUCUAUAUUCAUACAAAGUUUGUGUAAUAAUCUGAAACUCUUUGGCGCAACGAAAAAUAUCAAAGAUAUUAUGGAAACGGUGACGUUACUUGUCAAAAAACAAUCAAUGAACAAACAAAUUCCAGCCUAUACCAGUACUUUGACGAAGCCCUUUGUUUUUGGAGACUAUGUUAAAUGGGCGAAAUAAAUCCGAAAGACUUUUUUCAUAGGCCAUGAAAACGAAAAUGGUCAUAGAGAAUUGAAAUGCUCAUGCUGCUACUGCCUUUGGACAAGAUGAAGAAUUCAUCCACAAAUACAUCUGAAUUCGCAAAAAUGCUGUAACUGCAUUUGCAAAUUAUUUAACCUUGUGGCAGGACAAAUGAAAAUGCUGGCAACUUCCUCCUUCCAGAAAGCAGCUAUUUUUAAUAUUUGUAAAUUAUAAUUAUUCUUAAAACAAAAUU